AUGAACCGGGACGGACUGUCAAACCUCGUCGACGAGCUCAGUGAAGAAGAAAAGGCCAGGGUGAUUACGCGCGCUGUUGGUAUCACGAAUCGUUCAGCCGUUGCAUCUUUCCUGCACUUGACGAAAGCGCACUUUGGUAAAAUCGAUGGGAUUGCGAAUUCUGCUGGAACUGCGGGUCACAAACUUGGACACCAGGAAGUUUGGGAGAUGGAUGAGAAAGAGCAGGAUUUCAUGAUGGGCGUCAAUGUUAAAGGCGUCUUCAACGUCCUUAGCGAGGACUUAAGCCAGGAUUUCUGCAGGAGUCAGGGAGCAUUGUCCAUGCAGCGAGUAUGGUCGCCGAACGUGGCUUUUCGAAAGGCUCUGUGUUUAGCACCAGUAUAUACGCGGGGUGGACCCAUCGACACUCUCAUGCUACGUGCAAACGAAGAAAGUGGUGCUGAAGGAACGGCACCAGCUGUACCGCUGGGCCGACUUGGAGUGGCAUCAGAGACUGCGAACGUCGUCACUUUUCUUUUGAGUGAUGAGGCUAGUUUCGUUACGGGCGCAACUUGGUCUGUUGAUGGAUGGGCAAAUGCCCAAAAUGCCGUUUUGUUGUGUAUUUGCACAAGAGGCCCCGGUUUCCCAAGCAUUUAA